GCAGCAAUUGAAACCAAAAUAGCCUAAAAUGGAAGUCGUGGUAUUCAUACGUGUUUGUACGUGACGUCUCGACGCAUGCACGGCGUGGCAGAUACUGGUUUGUCCUUUACUCGAAACAGUUGUCAUAUUCCAGCUUCUUCAUUCUCUUGCGCGCGGGUUACAGGAUGCAUAGCAUUUAUGCUCGAGCGAAUGGUAUAUCUGGCCUUUGGUCGACGUGCAUGAUGGUUUUGCUUGGAGCUGUAGCUCUUUCCACCUUCCUCUUCAAUGCGGAUCCCAAGGGUAGUCUGGAUAUCGUCUCUCUGAAGGUGUUUCACUCCAAAACGAGACGUUAUCCUUUCAGGAAUGAGGAAAUUGGUUUUGUUAAAUUUAAUCUUUCUGCCGACUUGACGCCACUUUUUCACUGGAACACGAAGCAGUUAUUCGUGUACCUUGAGGCAGAGUACACAAACGCACAAGGGAUCAAUAACACGGUCGUUGUUUGGGAUCGGAUUAUUCGGACAAAAGAGGCUGCUACGAUUGACAUUGUACAGAAAGAAAAGUACAGACUUCGCGAGCUGUCGGGUUCGUUCAGCAACGUACUUGCCGCUGAAUAUUCGCUGAAAUAUAAUGUGAUGCCGUAUGUUGGGGUGCUUACUUAUGGAGAAGCUGCGCGGACGACGGAGGCUAUCGAGUUUCCUGAUGCACUCGACUCUGUAUCAUGAGUGGGAUCUAGUUAUAUCGAGUGUUAGGAGAUUUAGUCUUAUGGCCUAGCUCCCGGGCGAGGUGUCUGUCGGAAAGAUCCAGUGAGAGCCAAAUUCGAAGUUGGAAGUGCGAUUUAUUCGGUGAAAAGUUACCGAUGGGGAAGUUUUUGUCGGAUUCAGUAGUUGUAAGCGAACCGCAGGUUAAGGCGUGUCAUGUUUCUCUGGAGUAGUAGUACUUCGCAGUGGAAGAGUAUUUCGAUCGGAUCUGGUUAAAUAUUUUUAUAUUGUUAUCUUUUUACGAAAUCAAAUUAAAGGUAGAGGCUACUUCAAAAAUGGAGAAUUUCACGCGAUUGUGGCUCAUUUUGCUUACGAG